GCAUUUAUGCUUAAAUACAAGAGCUUUGACCGCAAUUCAUUGGCCUGAAAAAGAUAACUUCCGGAAGCCAGUAGAAAAUGCGACGGUGAUCGGCGGCCCAUUUACGGUAGUAUUUAAUCGAUUUCAUUUGCCGCUUCAUUCAAAUCUUCAUCAGCAAGCUUUACAUUCUCCCUAAUACAGUAAUUUCGACUCUUUUCCAUCCCGUUUUCAAUCGGAAUUUAUGGCAAAUCUGCUUUAGCGAAGGCUGACAAUCUCCGGUCACUCGCAAUCUCAUAAGAGACUUUCUUGCUCCUCUUUCCCGCGCGUUUGUUAGUCGGAGGAAAUUCUAACCGGAUGAGCGUGAUGAAUUCGUCGUCGAAAUCCGUCAGUUCGGAUUCGAAAUCCAAACGGAGCUUCAAUUCCAUGUCUAAUAAUUCAAACCCUUCCAGUUCCAGUCGAAAAAUUUCUGGCGGCAACGGCAGGAAGAAGAAGAGGUUGGAAAAGGAUCACAAUCAGAAAACCCUAGGAAUGGCUUGGGGCGCCAAUUCUCGCUCUUCUUCUCGCUUCGCCACCUUCCGUAGUUCUCCCUUCCCCGACUUUGGCAGUUAUAUGGCUGUGAAGAAUCAGAAGCUACAUGAGCAAUUUGAUGCGGCAGCUUCAUCUUCUUCACAUAGUGGGUGUAGUUCUGGAAAACCUAUCUUUCAAGGUGUUUCUAUUUUUGUUGAUGGAUACACGGUGCCUUCUAGCCAGGAUCUAAAGAAUUACAUGUUGCAACAUGGAGGGCGCUUUGAGAAUUAUUUUUCGCGCCAUCGUGUCACUCAUAUCAUCUGCAGCAAUCUUCCUGACAGUAAAAUCAAGAACUUGAGGUUCAUAACCACCUUCCAUCACUUUUAUCUGUGAUUGAUGCUUUGAUUUUGUUGUGCUUCAGAGGAAGAACUUUUUCCUGUUUCCUGUUGUAGGUCAUUCAGUGGUGGACUUCCGGUUGUUAAACCCUCAUGGAUUGUGGAAUCUGUUGCUGCGGAUAAACUAUUGAGCUGGUUACCUUACCAGCUUGAUCAGAUUGCUAGUGAAAAUAAUAACCAACCAAAACUAUCCACAUUUUUUGUUGCCAAAAACUGCCCCGUCUUGGAUGAUGUGGCAGAAUGUUCAAGUAGACCUGUGAGUUCUGAACCUGGUAACGUGUUAUCAAAUUGUGGCCUUAUAACAGAUGUUGAUGUUUCCAGAAAUUCUGAAUCAAAAGAAGCUGCCAAGGAGUUCUAUUUGAUGUCGAAUGACCUUGAGAUUGCUUUAAGAUCUGCAGAUGAUGCAACCACAUACUUAAUGGAUGAUGAACAUGAAGUUGAGUUUGAGGAAAAUGGAUGUAAUGAACCAUCUCAUGCUCAGGUCAGUUCUUGUCCGGCUUUGACGUCAGUCUUUGACAACUCUGUUGCCAAUCCCGUGACUGUAGAUUCGUUGAAUGCGAAAACUACAGAACCAGCUAGUAGGGGUCACUCAACCCUUUCUGAUGCAAAUUUUGUGGAGAAUUAUUUUAAGUUUUCCAGGCUGCAUUUUAUUGGAACGUGGAGAAAUCGUUAUCGGAAGCGGUUUCCUAAUUCUCAUGACUGUUCAAAGGACAAGAAUUCCAGUCAUAACGGUUCAGUAUCUCAAAGGAGUACCAUCAUUCAUGUUGACAUGGACUGUUUUUUUGUUGCAGUGGUUAUCAGGAAUCGCCCUGAUUUAAAAGAUAAGCCUGUUGCUAUUUGUCAUUCUGAUAGCUCACGUGGAACUGCUGAAAUUUCUUCUGCUAAUUAUCCUGCUCGUGAUCAUGGUGUGAAGGCAGGGAUGUUUGUUAGAGACGCAAAGGCUCUUUGCCCGGAGCUUGUUAUAUUUCCGUACAAUUUUGAUGCUUAUGAGGAGGUGGCUGAUCAAUUUUAUGAUAUCCUACAUAAGCAUUGCAACAAAGUGCAGGCUGUAAGCUGUGAUGAAGCAUUUCUAGAUGUCAGUGACUCUGCAGUGGAAGACCCUUCAUUCUUGGCCUCAGCUAUCAGGAAAGAGAUUCUGGAUACCACUGGAUGCACUGCUAGUGUUGGAAUAGCUGGAAAUAUGCUCAUGGCCAGAGUAGCUACCAGAAUUGCAAAACCUGAUGGAUGUUGCUUUAUUCCAUUGGAAAGAGUGGAUAGGUAUCUGCAUGAUCUUCCUGUUAAAGCCCUUCCUGGCAUUGGCCAUGUUUUGGACGAGAAGUUGAGAACAAUGCAAAUCAGAACCUGUGGCCAAUUACGUAUGAUAUCAAAGGAAUCACUUCAAAAAGAUUUUGGCAUCAAAACAGGUGACAUGCUUUGGAAUUUCAGUAGAGGGAUUGAUAGUCGGAUGGUAGGAGUUAUUCAGGAAACCAAGUCUGUUGGAGCUGAAGUUAACUGGGGUGUCAGGUUCAAUGAUUUGAAUGAUGCAAAAGAUUUCUUGUUGAAGCUUUGCAAGGAGGUUUCAUUGCGUUUGGAAGGAUGUGGGGUACAAGGGCGCAAUAUAACCCUCAAGAUAAAGAAAAGGAGGAGUAGCGCUGGAGAGCCUGUAAAGUUUAUGGGUUGUGGAGACUGCGAGAAUUUAAGUCGUUCAACCACACUCCCCAUGGCUACAGAUGAUGUCCAUGUGCUUCAGAGGAUAGCAAAUAAACUUUUUGGAUAUUUCCAAAUAGAUGCAAAGGAUAUCAGAGGAAUGGGGUUGCAAGCAUCUAAACUUGAAGCUGCGGAUACUAAUAGACGAGGGCAUGAGAAGUGCUCCAUCAGAUCUUGGCUGGUCUCUUCAGGAAGGAAAGGUUUUACUAACACAGAUUCUUGUAAGCUGAGAGAUCGAGUGAAUAGUAGGACGGGCUUGGAUUCUGUGUCUAUGGUUCAAUCCGAGGGGAGUGGAGAAGUGGCUGUUAGCCGUGAGGCUACUCUUCCUGGUUUGGAUGAACUUGACAUUGGAGUGAUAGAGUCUCUUCCUCCUGAAGUUUUCAGAGAGAUCAAUGAUCUUUAUUCUGGAGAGCUAAUAAACUUAUUAUCAAAGAACAAGCAGAACAAUAAAGAUUUUGGCAUGACCUCCAUGGUCCCCCAAAAUAUUGCAGAUGUGAUGGAUGAAGAAAGAUCUGCUUUUGAGACCCUGGAUAAGAUUCCUUGUGAUGAGGAAGAUGAAUAUGUAAAUGGGAAGGCUCAUUUGAAGUCAGCUUCCAUUGGAGAAGCCUCUAGCUCGGCGUCUGGUCUGCUUCCUACAACAGAUAGCCUCAUGCCUUCUUCAUUAAGCCAAGUAGAUCCUUUUGUGUUGCAACAUUUACCUGAAGAGCUGCGAGUUGACAUUCUUGAGUCUCUUCGAGCUCACAGGAAUCCACACCUGAUGUCGAAUGAUGUUUCUGUUAAAUAUGAUGUGGCUCAGACUGCAUCUGAAGACUUUAUGAUGAAGAAUGAGCUUUGGAUUGGAAACCCACCAAAAUGGGUAGACAAUUUUGCGAGAAGCAGUUGUUCCCUGUUAAAUAUAUUUGCAGAAUUGCACAACAGUUCUUGCCCUGGUAGUCAGUUCUCAUCUCUUUUACAGAGUCUUGUCUCUGGAUUGUCUCUUCUUCCAAGUGACGGACAGGAUGAUGCAUUUAGUAGUUUGUGUGAGCUAAUCAAGCAAUAUGUAGAUGUGAAAAUCGAAACAGAUAUUGAAGAGAUUUAUACUUGUUUGCGCCUCUUGAGAAGGUUGAGUUUGCGGUCAAAGUUGUUUUUACGGAUUUACGAUAAUGUCCUUCCUCGCUUUCAGGCUGCAGUUUGUGAACAUUAUGGAGGAAACCUUAAUAUUUGUCUCAUGGAUGAGUAAUGGUUUCUUUCCCCUGCCUGACUUCAUCGCGCAAACUAAGUGAUGCAACUCAUAACACUCAAGAUGCAGAUCCUUAUUUCACUAGAAGCCUGGUUAGUUCAGUGCUGAAUUCAGUAUCAAGAUAUUAUGCACAUCUUUGUCCUUUUGUAAUGAGAGACUUUUUGUGCAGGAGUCAUAGCAACAGUGCUGCAGCAGCUGCCCUGGACAGAAGCAUGGUAAUAAAUCAUGGGGAAUCAGGGCCUGCAUGUGGCAUGUAACUUUCAGCAGAUUUCAAAUCUAGUAAGAAUAGGGCAUUUUAGUUGUCCUUCAGGUAUGUGUUAUUGUUGUCCAAGCACCUUGUAAAGUUUGGCUCUCUUGCUGUAUUAGAACGGACGUAAUCAAUGGGUGGCCAUAAAACUGAGAUGGCAGAAUCCGAAUUCAUCUUGUUUCAAGACAUUUAAACUCUGAAGGUAGUUUUGUUACCAAAUCAACUUAGAUUAUCUUGUUACUUAUUUUUCAGAUACUAUCCUUUUCAACUUCAGGGGCGUGAUUGCAGCCAUCUAUCACCUGUGGGAAGAACGUAACUGGAGGCUCUUUCAAGCCAAAUGCAGAACUGAAGAACAAACAUUGCUACUGAUAAAAGAGGAGGUUAGAAUAAGAGUCCAUUAUUGUUGUAAGAAGUUGAGUAAUCAGGAACAAUGUGUAGUAGAUAUGUGGUUUGGAAAUAUGUAAUGGUGUAUAUGUUGCAGUAGCUGGAAGUGAUGUAAUAGAGUGUGGAUUACAGUUUGUACAAACAGGAGGUUGAUGAAUGCAAUAAAAUCAGUUUACUUUUGAU